UUCUAAAUGUGUGCGUAAUAUUCGAUGUGCUUACACAUACAUAUGAUGUACAAAAAUUCUUAUUGUAUUCAUCAUAUGUACACAUCUUUUUAAAUCCAAACACGGUUCCUAAUUGUUCAGUAUUUCCAGAAACAUGGAAUCGUUUAAGCAAAAUGACGGCAAUCGUGACGAGCUGAUUAUUCAGCAGCAGCGUGAAAUAGAAAAGGAGAUCAGCGAUACCACUCCUUUAGUCAGCGAGCAGUUGCCGCUAACGUGCCUGUGGGCUGAGUACAAUGGCGAUGAGGUUUUUACUGCCAAAAUUCAGGAUCUCUCGAAAAAGUACAAGUUCAUCCGGCGCACCCGGCCCGAUGGCAACUGCUUCUUCAGGGCCUUUGCAUACUCCUACUUGGAGUACUUGAUCUCAAACAACAGUGCCUACCAGGAAUUCCGCAAGCUGGCUGAGGAGUCCAAGGACAAACUCGUUCAGCUAGGAUUCCCCAGCUUCACAUUGGAGGACUUUCACGAGACUUUUAUGGAAGUCAUAAAACGUGUAAGUCCAGACGAAGCUGGUGGCCACGAAAAGGUGCAGACAGAGCUGCACAAGAUAUUCAAUGAGCAGGGAUACUCAGACUAUGUGGUUGUCUAUUUACGAUUAAUUACCUCCGGCAAACUUCAGGAGGAAGCAGAUUUUUAUCAGAAUUUCAUCGAAGGUGACUUCACAAUCGAGGAGUUUCGCCACCAAGAAGUAGAGCCAAUGUACAAAGAGUCGGAUCAUAUCCACAUAAUCGCCCUAUGCACUGCCCUCGGUGCAGGGGUACGCGUGGAGUAUCUAGAUCGCGGCGAGGGCGGAACUGUCAAGGCCCACGAUUUCCCUGAGGGAACGGAGCCCAGAAUUUAUCUGAUAUACAGGCCAGGCCAUUACGAUAUAUUGUAUCCAAAUUAGUUUGCUCUUGAUAAUUUUUAAAUCAUCAAAACCAUUUAUGUAUAUAAAAUGUAAAAUAAAAUCUCAUUUAUUUGCAUAUGAA